AAGGGGAAAGGCCCGCGGUAGGGGCGUGGCCAGGAUUUGGCGCCUUCCGAUGACAUCACCACCCUUAGCGACGGGCGGUUGCUAAGGGCGCCAUGGACGCCACAAGGAGGCCUCUCUUUAUUCCUCCUGAGAUUGGGCUCUACGCCGAAAAACACAGUCUGUUCCACAUGAUGCAGGGCAUGCUUGAAGGUUUGCUCAUCCACAGGCCAGAGGAGCCCGUAGAGUUCUUGAUAAAACAUUUGAUGGAAGACAAUUAUGAUGUUCCCAAGAUCUGCAUACUUGGCCCGCCCGCCUCUGGGAAAACGACUAUUGCAAUGUGGCUUUGUAAACAAUUGGCAACCCCGCGGAUCUCUCGGGAGACUCUGCUAACCAACGGAAGGUCACAGCUGGCAGGCAAAGUCGCAGAGUAUCAAGGCAGGCAACAGACAAUUCCCGACAAGUUGUGGGCUGAACUGAUUGAGGAACGCCUGCAGUUCCCGGACUGUAGUCACCAAGGCUGGGUGAUUGAAGGGCUUCUCGAACGCCGAGAACUGGCGCGCUAUGUGCAGGCCUUGGGUAUCUUCCCCAGGCAUGUUGUGGUGCUGUCUGCUCCAGACACCGUGCUGAUUGAGAGGAAUCUCGGGAAAAGGGUGGAUUACAUCACUGGAGAAGUGUACCAUACGACGUUUGACUGGCCAGUUGACGAGAGCGUUCGCCGGAAUUUGGUGGUGCCCGGAGACAUCUCUGAAAUGGAGACGGCAAAGCGGCUGCUGGAAUAUCACAGGGAUUUUCCCGGAAUGCUCCAGUCCUUUGAGAAGUCGGUGAAGUUGAUCAAUGCUGACCAGCCGUGCGCGGACGUCUUCUCUCAGGUUUUGACCCACGUCCAACGUCCGCCUCGAACUCUGGCCCCCUUUUCACCCCGGAUUCUUCUCUGUGGGCCCCCAGGUUGUGGGAAAAGUCUGCAGGCAGCGUUACUAGCUCAGAAAUAUGGCAUCAUCAAUGUUUCCUGCGGGCAAAUGCUCAAGGAAGCUGUAGCCGCUGAGACAAAACUCGGAGAACUCAUUAAGCCGUAUUUUGACGGCGGAUGGCCAGUGGAAGACAACAUUGUCAUCAAGGUCCUGUCGGAACGGCUGAACAGCUUGGACUGCCACAUCAGAGGCUGGGUGCUGCACGGUUUCCCGCGGGACGAGGACCAGGCCAAGAUGAUGCUGCAGGGCAAUAUCAGCCCAAACAGGGUGUUUUUCCUGCAUCUCCCCCUCGAGUCGAUUCUGGAACGCCUGUGCUGCCGGAAGCUUGACCCGAUCGCGGGAGAAAGGUACCACACCGUGUUCAAGCCAGCUGUCUUGAAACAGACCCACGACCGCAUCCUUACACACCCAAGGGAUGUUGAAGAGACCGUGAAGGAAAAGGUGGAGAAGUACUUCCGGCUCUCCAGCAACAUGGAAAGCUUCUUCGAAGAUGCCAUUUCAAUCAAUGCUGACCAAGACCCCCAGACGGUCCUUGAGUACAUCGAGAGCUACGUCGUCAAUCCGCUUCCGGUCUUGAAGACCUGGAGAGAGGGGACCCCUUGCCCGAUGUAGUUCACGUCCCUACCGGUAGGGAAAUCUUAAUCAAAUGCUAAAUUGAAUCCUGGUUGGAAAUACUUUCUUGAAAUCUUCUAGGCAAGCAGUUGUUUUUGUUUUUAAGAAGUUUGUUCUCUACAAGAUAGUGAAAUAAUAAUAAUAAUAAUAAUAAUCAAGAAAGCCUGAUCAGGCCCAAGGCCUAGAGAAUUCCCUUGCAAAAUUCUGCAAGAAAGCUCUUGCAGAAUUAACCAGCAAAGACACAGAUGACCUACCCAUGGCCCCAUUUUGGGUGGGUGUGUCAGAGCUGACUAUAUUCACUGAGAAUACAGUCUGGAAUUUGAUUUGCUUUUGCUUUUUCUUCUCCGUCCUGCACAGGAAAAGUAAGAUGUUAACAUCUUUAAUAAUCUAGGAGCGGUUUUGUGCCCAUAAUGCCACGUGGGUCAGAGGAAAAGACAAUCUUUCCCGUCUACCGCCAUUUCUGACUUCUUCCAUCUUGGUGAUUGUUGGGAGGUAAACUGUAAAUCAGAUUCCCCUAAGUUUUGCCUGGUGUGUCAUUACUUUGGAAUGUGCAACCUUGACGAUUAAAACUUUGUUGGAUUGCA